GUUGUGCACAGGUCAGCAGAUGGCAUCAGCAAUGAUCUCCGUCCACACCACAGCUUCUCGCUUUGCCUUGCUUCAGGUCGACUCUGAUUCGGACUCAGAUUCCGAGUCAGGAAAGACCAGAGGUGGCCGGGACUCUGGAAAGGCUCGGCCUGGGAAGGCAACCGAGGGGAAAUCCACCGCGAGCAACGACAAGAAGAAGGAGAAGAGGAAGAAGAAGAGAGAGCAGCAACAGAGCGAGGCCAAUGAGGUGACUGGCAGAGGCAUUUAACCUCCUCGCUGAACACCAAUUUCUGGUGUUCCCAACGUCAGGUCUCUAAGUUUCACUUUCCCUAAUUCACCUGAGUUUGUAGACUGAUGAUGUCUCCUGUCCCCAGUUAAGGAGUCUUGCCUUUAAGAAGCUCCCUCAGAAGUCCUCUGCCCCGCCCCCCUCCCUGUCACUGCAGGGUGUGGCCAAUGAGCUACUCCAUCCCGCGGUGGGGGACCAAUCCAUGCACCCGGAAGGCUGGCAGCAAUGGAAGCAGAGAGACUACCAGGUACAACCGACAGAACCCCCCCCUCCCAUUUAAAAAAUAUCUACAUGAUUGCUUAGGGGUGGUUUCUGAACAGGGCCCAUGGUAACACCUGACAUGGGUAUGAAUGGACAUAAAGAUUGCUUAUGGAUGUUACCCUUUGCUGAUAUCCCCCAGCUGAUCCCAUCCUUAAUUUUCGUCUUUGUUUCUGCCCAAUGCAGUUAACGAGCGAGCUGUAUGAGGCAGACCUGGAGAAGGCGCUGAUUAUGAGUAAACUGGAGUUUGAGGAGCACAAACAGGUACCAUACUGCCCCAAUGCUACCCGAGCCCGAUGGGCCCCGACAUUAUACAUCGUGUUAGGGCAUGUUUUUUUCAUUAAUAACUAGGGUACAGGUAAGGCUAUUGCGGUGACCCUAUUACCACUCAUGAAGGCAGUCAAAUUCCACGUGACUGUUUAGUCACGGUAACUCAAUCAAUCAAUCAAUUUUAUUUUAUAUAGCCCUUCUUACAUCAGCUAAUAUCUCGAAGUGCUGUACAGAAACCCAGCCUAAAACCCCAAACAGCUAGUAAUGCAGGUGUAGAAGCACGGUGGCUAGGAAAAACUCCCUAGAAAGGCGAAAACCUAGGAAGAAACCUAGAGAGGAACCAGGCUAUGAGGGGUGGCCAGUCCUCUUCUGGCUGUGCCGGGUGGAGAUUAUAACAGAACCAUGCCAAGAUGUUCAAAAAUGUUCAUAAGUGACAAGCAUGCUCAAAUAAUAAUCAGGAAUAAAUCUCAGUUGGCUUUUCAUAGCCGAUCAUUAAGACUUGAAAACAGCAGGUCUGGGACAGGUAGGGGUUCCAUAACCGCAGGCAGAACAGUUGAAACUGGAAUAGCAGCAAGGCCAGGCGGACUGGGGACAGCAAGGAGUCACCACGGCCGGUAGUCCCGAUGUAUGGUCCUAGGGCUCAGGUCUCUCAGUUGGCUUUUCAUAGCCGAUCAUUAAGAGUUGAAAACAGCAGGUCUGGGACAGGUAGGGGUUUCGUAGCCGCAGGCAGAACAGUUGAAACUGGAAUAGCAGCAAGGCCAGGCGGACUGGGGACAGCAAGGUGUCAUCAUGCCCGGUAGUCCUGACGUAUGGUCCUAGGGCUCAGGUUCUCAGAGAGAAAGAGAGAACGAGAGAAUUAGAGAGAGCAUACUUAAAUUCACACAGGACACUGGAUAAGACAGGAGAAGUACUCCAGGUAUAACCAACUAACCCCAGCCCCCCGACACAUAAACUACUGCAGCAUAAAUACUGGAGGCUGAGACAGGAGCGGUCCGGAGACACUGUGGCCCCAUCCGAAGAAACCCCCGGACAGGGCCAAACAGGAAGGAUAUAACCCCACCCACUCCGCCAGGCUUCUCCAAGCUCUGAUGCUGCUGCUGGUCAUUAGUAGCCUCCCAAACUUGCUAACUGCCUGGUACUCAGCACUCUAUUGUCCCUCUAAUCACUCUGACAUCAAUGCAAAUGUUUUCGAAAAUCUAAUCGAACACUUCAUGAGAGCCCAUGAGCUGAUGUUGCUUAACAUUUCUAUAGACUAUGCAGUUGCGGGAGAAAACAAAUGUCACAUAUUAUUUAGUAAAGACUAGAUUAAAUCAAGAAUACGCUGAUGGGUGACAAUAUUAGCCUGUCACUUGUGAAUUAUAUAUUUUCACUUGUGAAUAAGAAACCAUGCCUUUUUUUUUCUUCUAAUCAUAGUCGCACACCUCAUGUAGUAAAACAGGCCUAUAUGUUUUAAUAAGGUUUAUAUCACAACUAAAGUGGCCAAAUAACUUCUUAAAAUUAAGCACAUUAAUCUGCUUUACAAGGGGUGUAGAGCCUAACUGGCAUAUAAACUCAGCAAAAAAAGGAACGUCCCUUUUUCAGGACCCUGUCUUUCAAAGAUAAUUUGUAAAAAUCCAAAUAACUUCACAGAUCUUUAUUGUAAAGAGUUUAAACACUGUUUCCCAUGCUUGUUCAAUGAACCAUAGACAAUUAAUCAACAUGCACCUGUGAAACGGUCGUUAAGACACUAACAGCUUACAGACGUUAGGCAAUUAAGGUAACAGUUAUGAAAAUUUAGGACACUAAAGAGGCCUUUCUACUGACUCUGAAAAACACCAAAAGAAAGAUGCCCACGGUCCCUGCUCAUCUGCGUGAACAUGCCUUAGGCAUGCUGCAAGGAGGCAUGAGGACUGCAGAUGUGGCCAGGGCAAUAAAUUGCAAUGUCCGUACUGUGAGACGCCUAAGACAGCGCUACAGGGAGACAGGACAGACAGCUGAUCGUCCUCGCAGUGGCAGACCACGUGUAACAACACCUGCACAGGAUCGGUACAUCCGAACAUCACACCUGUGGGACAGGUACAGGAUGGCAACAACAACUGCCCGAGUUAUACCAGGAACGCGCACAAUCCCUCCAUCAGUGCUCAGACAGUCCGCAAUUGGCUGAGAGAGGCUGGACUGAGGGCUUGUAGGCCUGUUGUAAGGCAGGUCCUCACCAGACAUCACCGGCAACAACGUUGCCUAUGGGCACAAACCAGGGGUGAUGGUCGGAUUCGCGUUUAUCGUCGAAGGAGCGUUACACUGAGGCCUGUGCUCUGGAGCGGGAUCGAUUUGGAGGUGGAUGGUCCGUCAUGAUCUGGGGCGGAGUGUCACAGCAGCAUCGGACUGAGCUUGUUGUCAUUGCAGGCAAUCUCAACGCUGUACGUUACAGGGAAGACAUCCUCCUCCCUCAUGUGGUACCCUUCCUGCAGGCUCAUCCUGACAUGACCCUCCAGCAUGACAACGUGAUUUCCUGCAAGACAGGAAUGUCAGUGUUCUGCCAUGGCCAGCGAAGAGCACGGAUCUCAAUCCCAUUGAGCACGUCUGGGACCUGUUGGAUCGGAGGGUGAGGGCUAGGGCCAUUCCCUCCAGAAAUGUCUGGGAACUUGCAGGUGCCUUGGUGGAAGAGUGGGGUAACAUCUCACAGCAAGAACUGGCAAAUCUGGUGCAGUCCAUGAGGAGGAGAUGCACUGCAGUACUUAAUGUAGCUGGUGGCCACACCAGAAACUGACUGUUACUUUUGAUUUUGACCCCCCCCCCCCCCCCCCUUUGUUCAGGGGCACAUGAUUCAAUUUCUGUUAGUCACAUGUCUGUGGAACUUGUUCAGUUUGUCGCAGUUGUUGAAUCUUGUUAUGUUCAUACAAAUAUUUACACAUAAUAAUAAUAAUAAUAAUAAUAAUAAUAAUAAUAAUUAAUAAUAUGCCAUUUAGCAGACGCUUUUAUCCAAAGCGACUUAGUCAUGCGUGCAUACAUUUUUGUGUAUGGGUGGUCCCGGUGAUCGAACCCACUACCUUGGCGUUACAAGCGCCGUGCUCUACCAGCUGAGCUACAGAGGACCACAUGUUAAGUUUGCUGAAUAUAAUCGCAGUUGACAGUGAGAGGACGUUUCUUUUUUUGCUGAGUUCAUAAGCAGCGAGUGAGUUUCAAGUUUGAGGAAAAUUAUUUUCACCAUACAAAUGCACCUUUAUAAUUAAAGCAUUACAUGCAUAAUUGCAUUUGCGGUCACUUUUGAUAAUGGUGUUUUCUGCUAAUGGAACAUUCGCUCUUAUAGCCUACUACCAUGUGCGCAUUGCUGAGCUUAUAAUGUGAAGAAAUAGCCAAAUAGUUUAUCAACAUUUUAAGCUAAACGUUCUGAUCUGUUGCGUCAGACACAUUGCAUAAAAAAGGUUUUUUGAUGCUAGUGGUUGUAUUAAUUUGGGAUCUAUCACACCCCACAACUGUCCCAGACUAUGUUAAUGUAACAGCUCUCAUAUGGCUCAUCAACAAAGGACACGGUGCUGUUCUUUCACUGUUUAUUCUGCAAAUACAUACAUAACACUAUGUAAACGUCCGAACAACUGCAACCCACCAAGCAAUCUCCAAAGUUUAACAACUUUUACUGGAACUGUAACAAUUUUAUAAAAAUGUAUAUUUAUAAUAUACAUUUUAUACAUUACAUAUAUAACAACAUGGCUACAGAGGACCGCUCAACUUAUAAUGACUCCAUCUGACUGCCAUAACACAUCACCACAGCACAUAGGCUACACCUGUACAGGAACAUAACAUUAUUCCAUAUAAUUUGGGAGCACAUACCUGCAAAUACAUACACAACACUGUGUAAACGUCAGAACAACUGCAACCCACCAAGCAAUCUUGAGUGACAUGAAAUAACAUAAAAUAAAAAUACAUUUACAAUUCACGAGGUGGCUAGCCUCAUUAGCAAAGAAAGUGCAAGGCGAACGUUAGCUAGCCUUUAGCGUAACGUCCAUAAUGUCCAUAAAAUGUCCAUAAAAUUGUAAAUACAUGACACAACUCUAACACUAUCACAUAACAUGUCAACAUCGAUAGUGAUUUAUAAAACAAUAUGGUUUUCAGCCUAACUUACAUUAGAUAUCAUUUAAAAAGUGAAAACACUGGGUGCAGCAUGGAUCACGAUACAUACCUCCAUCAAAGUUUAACAACUCUUUGACUGGAUGCUGCGUGAUCAUGUGCACAUAUAUUAUAUACACUGGGAUGCAGUUACUCAAAUAAUACAGCAGGUGGCUCGACAACUAUACCUACAUAUACAUAAACUGGCUGCUUAAUUAUGACAACUCAUAGAACUAAGGAUGUCUAUUUCAACACUGUUACAUUGGGACAGAAUAGUAUAGGUCGACUUUUGUACAAUGGGGGAUAGUAGAUUGACAUAGGCUAGUCCUUUUGCAGUUCGUUAGGCCUACUCCUCUUGUUGGCUGACGAAAAGUAAAUGUGGACAGUUCUUCCGACAUCUUCAAUAUGCACCUCGGAAUUGGAUGUGUCUCUUAACUUGUAGCCAGUGAGAAAGACCCGAUCACGUGACGGAGAGAUGAAUGAGUGAGAGACUUUUCGAGUUGCGCAGCACACUGAGGGAGAAGGGCACAACGCAGCAUUCCAGCCCGCAAAAGGCAUGGAUUUUUUUAGGGUGCAUUACGGCCACAAAGGUGAUGCCGCCGUGAAAUUCAAGGCAUUAUCAAGUCCUUGUCAAAUUGUGAAUGAGAGACUUGUAGUGUUUACAGCCUGCGCAAAAAACUCAGCAGAGCUCAUGCCUUUCAAGCUACUUUUUUCAAAUUAUCAUUAGAGUUAAAUUAAGCAUAUAGGAGUACCUAUUUCUUUGUUAACCGCUCAACACAGAAAAGCCGCAUGUGCGCACUCCCUCAAAUCAUUUGGAGAAAAUAUUUAUAUUUUAUUCAGCUUUGUUAAACUGUAUUCUUCAUACUAUAAAAUAAUGCCACGGAAUUAUAAGCAAAUAUUGUCUGCUAAAUGAACUAGUGUAGCCCACAGCCAUUUGGCAUAGCCACAUCAGGACCUAAAAUAAGGACAACUCAGAGUAUGCUAUUCUGUUCUUCUGAAAUAGACUACAUUUUCUUCAUAUCAUGCUUUUUAGACCUGUCUAAAAAAAAUGGAUUUAUUGUGAAGGUGUAGGCUAAAUUACAUGGAUUUAUUAGACUUUUUAAAAAGGCUUGAAGGCUAUGUGUUAAAGGUCAAUUACCUUGAGACCGACAGUUAUUUGCUUGACAGUCAUCGGCUGAUGAAAUGUUGUUACUGCCACAGCCCUAGGUACAGGUAUCACUAAAUUGAUCAUUAUCAUUUUGAAGCUGAGCCAUUUCAAAUCACAUCAAAUGUUAUUGGUCACAUACGUGUUCAGCAGAUGUUAUUGCGGGUGUUGCGAAACGCUUGUGCUUCUAGCUCCGACAAUGCAGUAAUUAAAAACAAGUAAUAUCUAACAUUUCACAACAUAUACCCAGUACACACAAAUCUAAGUAAGGAAGGAAUUAAUUAAGAAUAUAUACAUAUAUGGACGAGCGAUGUCAGAGCGGCAUGGACUAAGAUACAGUAGAAUAGUAUAGAAUACAGUAAAUACAUAUGAGAUGAGUAAUGCAAGAUAUGUAAACAUGAUUAAAGUGACUAAGAUACCGUAGAAUAGUAUAAAAUACAGUAUAUACAGUGGCUUGCGAAAGUAUUCACCCCCCUUGGCAUUUUUCCUAUUUUGUUGCCUUACAACCUGGAAUUAAAAUAUAUUUUUUGGGGGUUUGUAUCAUUUGAUUUACACAACAUGCUUACCACUUUGAAGAUGCAAAAUAUUUUUUGGGGUGAAACAAGAAAGAAGACAAAAAAACAGAACUUAAGCGUGCAUAACUAUUCACCCCCCCAAAGUCAAUACUUUGUAGAGCCACCUUUUGCAGCAAUUACAGCUGCAAGUCUCUUGGUAUGUCUCUAUAAGCUUGGCACAUCUAGCCACUGGGAUUUUUGCCCAUUCUUCAAGGCAAAACUGCUCCAGCUCCUUCAAGUUGGAUGGGUUCCGCUGGUGUACAGCAAUCUUUAAGUCAUACCACAGAUUCUCAAUUGGAUUGAGGUCUGGGCUUUGACUAGGCCAUUCCAAGACAUUUAAAUGUUUCCCCUUAAACCACUCGAGUGUUGCUUUAGCAGUAUGCUUAGGGUCAUUGUCCUGCUGGAAGGUGAACAUCCGUCCCAGUGUCAAAUCUCUGGAAGACUGAAACAGAUUUCCGUCAAGAAUUUCCCUGUAUUUAGCGCCAUCUAUCAUUCCUUCAAUUCUGACCAGUUUCCCUGCCGAUGGAAAAACAUCCCCACAGCAUGAUGCUGCCACCACCAUGCUUCACUGUGGGGAUGGUGUUCUCGGGGUGAUGAGAGGUGUUGGGUUUGUGCCAGACAUAGCGUUUUCCUUCAUGGCCAAAAAGCUCAAUUUUAGUCUCAUCUGACCAGAGUGCCAUCUUCCAUAUGUUUGGGGAGUCUCCCACAUGCCUUUUGGCGAACACCAAACGUGUUUGCUUAUUCUUUUCUUUAAGCAAUGGCUUUUUUUCUGGCCACUCUUCCAUAAAGCCCAGCUCUGUGGAGUGUACGGCUUAAAGUGGUCCUAUGGACACAUACUCCAAUCUCCGCUGUGGAGCUUUGCAGCUCCUUCAGGGUUAUCUUUGGUCUCUUUGUUGCCUCUCUGAUUAAUGCCCUCCUUGCCUGGUCCGUGAGUUUUGGUGGGCAGCCCUCUCUUGGCAGGUUUGUUGUGGUGCCAUAUUUGUUCAAUUUUUUUAUAAUGGAUUUAAUGGUGCUCCAUGGAAUGUUCAAAGUUUCAGAUAUUUUUUUAUAACCCAACCCUGAUCUGUACUUCUCCACAACUUUGUCCCUGACCUGUUUGGAGAGCUCCUUGGUCUUCAUGGUGCCACUUGCUUGGUGGUGCCCCUUGCUUAGUGGUGUUGCAGACUCUGGGGCCUUUCAGACAGGUGUAUAUGUACACAUGUGACAGAUCAUGUGACACUUAGAUUGCACACAGGUGGACUUUAUUUAAGAAAUGAUGUGACUUCUGAAGGUAAUUGGUUGCACCAGAUCUUAUUUAGGGGCUUCAUAGCAAAGGGGGUGAAUACAUAUGCACGCACCACUUUUCUGUUAUUUAUUUUUCAGAAUUUUUUGAAACAAGUUCUUUUUUAAAUUCCACUUGACCAAUUUGGACUAUUUUGUGUAUGUCCAUUACAUGAAAUCCAAAUAAAAAUCCAUUUAAAUUACAGGUUGUAAUGCAACAAAAUAGGAAAAAUACCAAGGGGGAUGAAUACUUUUGCAAGGCACUGUACAUAUGAGAUGAGUAAUGCAGGAUAUGUAAACAUUAUUAAAGUGGCUAGUGUUCCAUUUCUUAAAGGAGGAGCAGCAGCAUUUGGUUGUGCUCUGCUGCGCAGUACAUAUCAUGGUGUCAGAAGUUCUUCGACCUCGUCAAAUAUAAGACCAGAACAUUGUCAGAGUACACAGGAGAGAUUAUUUUACAGAAAUUAAUAAUGUUCCUUGAGUUCUGUUGAAGUUUAGAGUGACGAAAAGUAGCUAGUUUAUAGCUAGCUGCUAUCCGUCUCGUCAUUGAACAGAACAGCAAGCAGAGGCGUUGCUAUGGAUACUCACACAAGCAGAGACAUGCAGGGAGCAAGGGACAGAUAGACUAGCAGCUAAUGGAUACUAACGUAAGGUAUUUCUGGGUUCGGGCAGGGCCGGGCCUUAAAUUUGGCAGAAGCAAUCGGGCCUGAGUAGGAUCUGAACACCGCGGGCAUGGGUAGGGCCCCGUGCAGGACUCUAUACAGCACGCAGGACUCUAUACAGCACGCUGUCACUAAACAUCUAUCAUUAAACGAUUAACAGCAAUCAGAACCAUAGAGAGAUACAACUACUGACCAAAAUGUUUAUUUUUUGAUGAGGAAAUGAAUGUUCCAUUAAAGCAGAUGCUGUUCUUUUAAAUUGUCUCAUGUCAGGAUGAUGAUGGAACAGAUACUCCCUCUCCCAAGUCCCGAGGAGGAGGAGCAGCGGCAGGGAAGAAAGACAAGAAGAAGAGCCAGCAGGGGAAAGACAAGAAGAUGACUGUGUCUCUGAAGGACUUCCAGGCAGAGGGGGGUGAGACCACCAGUGGCUAGAACUACUCUUAUGUUAAAGGCCCAGUGCAGUCAAAAAAGUACAGAUUUUCCUGUAUUUUAUACAUAUUUGCACACGAUUAGGUUGGAAUAAUACUGUGAAAAUUAUAAUAAUGCCGUUUUAGUGGAAGGGCUGUUUGAAAAGACUGCUUGAAAUUUCAGCCUGUUUUGGUGGGAAGGAGUUUUGGCCUGCCUGGUGACAUCCGGUGGUAAAUCUGUUAAUAUAGAACAAUAAUGUGUUUGAACAGAUGGGAACUUUCUGUACCCCCUCGUCUCUCUCAGUAACUUUCCAUACACAUAUUUUCUGUUCCCCUAAAUCAAUAAGUUAUUAUAUAGUGACAGUAAUAAGUAUAAUUCAAGUUAGAACCCAACAAGACCAAUAAGAAAGAGUUCCCAACCUCUCUGCCAAUAAUAAUAAUAAUACAUUAUAAUAAGAAAACAUUUGGUGAAUGCUUAUAUUUGUCCUAUUUCAGACAUGUACAAGUAUGUAUGUGUGAAUUGGAAAUGUUUUUUGUUUUUUUGCAUGAGACAGCCUUUGGAGAGUGGGGUCAUGGCCAGGGUCUGUCAUUAUCAAUGGCGACUUUGGAGCAAUUAGGGUUAAGUGCCUUGCUCAAGGGCACAUCGUUUUUUCACCUUGUCGGUUCGGGAUUCGAACAAGCAACCUUUCGGUUCCUGGCCCAACGCGCUAACUCCUAGGCUACCUGCCGCCCCAAUAAUCGCUAGUUUUCAGUUUUCCACUCCCCACUCAGACCAGUACCAGACAGUCCUACCUAAAUUCUUGCUUGAGAAAUUACACUGGCUAAGAAGCUAUUUUUGUUUCUUUUUUGACCAUUUUAAUUGAAAACCAUCACAGUAAGGUACUUAAUUGUUCCCCAGAAAUGAUUUGACAUUGAGAUGCUGCAUUGGGUCUUUAACAUUGAGCACUGCCCCCAUUUCAUCAAUACAAUGCCACCAUAGCAGUAACACUAGGACUACUUGUUUAGCAAUCAACGAACAGCAGGUGCUGUGUAUAAUAUGCUAUAAAUGUCUCGUUUUCUCAGUGGUCCCACUCAUGUUGUUAUUCUGUUUUUUGAUGACAUUCACUUGACUUGUUGAAUUCUCCUUAAAAACCACGAUUCUCCUUUACAGAUCAGCUGAGUAAGAAGCAGGAGAAAGAGGUGAGGGAUGGCAUCAUUGUUGUAUUCGCUGUUUGCCCUACAGUGCUUCGGUCGAGGGUUUAAACCCUGUAAUGUAAGGAUGAAUGUGAUGGACAGGUGAUGAUAUGACGUGAACAAGCGCCAAUUGUGUAGGGUGUGUGUGAGUGAUUUUAAUCAUUCAAAUGCUGAAUCCAUUGAUGACAUCACUCUCCAGGAGCCCAAACCGCCCACACCUCCAGAAGACAAGUUCUUCAACAAGCUUGAGGAUGACGUUAGCAAAAUCGUACAGCAGGAAAAAAGACGGGAGCAGUUUUCUAACAGCGCUGGCGCCGAGGUCACGACUUCAACGGAGCAUGAACCGGUGAGACCGACUGCAAAUCAGUUCAUUCCAAGCAUAAUGGUUUGGUGUUCAAAUGAUAUUUACAAGUCGACCAUUGGAGUGACUGCUGAUGAGACCAUGGAGGACAAGGUAACUAUCGCUCAGAGCCUAACUGUGACUCCCAUCACACCUCCCAGGACCCCCGAACUGAGCAGCUAAAGGACGACCUGGAGAAGAAAGACCAAGAAAUCGACAAGUUAAAGAAGGUCAUUUCACAAUGGGAGGUGAGUCAUUGGAGGGAUACUGUACUGGGCUUUGGCUGGAGCAUGUCACGAAGGCAAAGGACAGAAUGCCGCCAUUUGGCAUUUACAGUUGGUGUGAAUGUGUGUGACAUCUAUAUGGUCCCCAUGGGGAUGUUGAGCUCAUUUAUUGUUCUCGAUCCUCAGGUGAAAUACAAAGAAGUAAAAGCCAGAAACUCCCAGCUCCUGAAGAUGCUGCAGCAGGGAGAGAGUACAGCUACUGCACUCCUAAUUAAAUCUGAGACUAUACAGUCAUCCAUUACUGAUGCAUUAGGUAGGCCUACUUGUUCUCAUUCAUUCUCUUCUUCUCUCCACAGUGAAAGAUAAAGCGGAGAUCCUACUGCAGGUGGAAGAGCUUCUAAAUAUCAAAGAGGAGCUGUCUUCACAGGUGUGUGUGUGCUGUGCGUGUGCCUCAAACCAUUAAUCUUGUGCAAAGCUGGCAUCCUGGUUGAAUGACAUUUAUUUCACUCUCCAGGUGACAUCACUACAUGCCUCACUUGAACAAGAGAAGUCAAAAGUGAAAGGUUUACAAACAGAUCAGCCAAAACACCAUCAGGUAAGACUGCACAUAGAUACUCAUCACACUUGCAACUAAAACUCAAUACAACACACAUUUAGUGUAUCUCAUAAAGUGUCCCUGUCUAAAAUCAAACCAACAGCUCUCGCCUGGUUCAGAGAGAGGGAUUAGGGUUGCAGUGUAGAAUGACCCCAGUUUGUUUGUUGUGCUGUUCAACCUGUGUAAAGCUGUGAGUCGAAUGUGAUGUCUUUAAAUCUGAGGUAUGUGUGUGCCCGCGUGCAUCUGUGUGUUCCACUCUUAGAUCAGGCAGGAAGUCACCUCUAGGGAAAUUACCAUGGUAACAGUGCAGCAGCAGUAG